AUGCUUUUCAAAAGUUAUAGUGCUUUCCUAUUAUAUAUUAUUAUAUUUCAUGUGUUAAAUGUUAUAUGUCUUAUAAAUAAGAAUCAAUUUUUUAUUAACAACCUUCCAAAAAGCAUAUCACAUUUUUCCCGUAUAAAGAAUAAAAAUAUACGAUUGAAAAAAAAGAUAUUUGUAAAAGUACCUUUUAGGGGAAUACGACAAAAAUUACUUCUCUUUGAUAAACUGAAAAAUGGACUCUUUUUUUUUAAAUAUAUACAACAUGGAAAAAAUGAGAAAUCCUUGGAAAGCAUUUUGAUGAAUCUUAGCGAAGUCACUAAAGUUAAGGAAGUUUUAAAAACCACAAAAGGCAUAAAAUUGGAAAAAGACGAUAUUGAAAAAAUAUUUCAGCAUGCAAUACUUUCAAAAAUUAAUUUUAAAGUUAUAAAUACGAUAUCAUAUCUUAUUAAGCAUUUUAAAAUAGAUAGGAAUACAAUAUCUUCAGUAUUAGAUAUAGUGAGCAAACAAAUUAAAGACACAAAAUCAGCAGAGCAUUUCUUAUCCCUCUAUUCUUUUCUUUUGGAAGAUGACAUAGCACUAUUUUCAAUUAUGCAUAUAGUAGACUUUUUUAAGAGCAAGCAUAAAGUAUUAGAGAUCAUACAAAAUAUAAAAGCCCAAAUUUAUGAUGAAUGUGUAAACGACCUUAUUAGGAAAAAAAUCGAACGAUACAAUAUUUUUUGUGAACGAACAAACAUAAAGUAUAACUUAGAAGAUGCUUUGAAAAAAAUAAAACUAAAUAUUCAGGAAGAUGAUAUAUAUUUUAAUUAUGAUUAUAAAUAUUUAUUAAAAAUAUUUGAAAAAAAAACACAAAGAUAUGAUAGCAUUGGUACAGUGAAAGAUGAAAUAAGUGUAAUGCCAAAUCAAGAAAAAGUAGACGAAUAUAUAGAUGUAGAAAAUAAUGAAUGUUUAAAAGAAUUAAAAAAGGCAUAUGAAAAAUUACAUUCAUUUAAUGAUUCAAUAAUUGAGCAUAUUGAAUCGGAUCAAAAAUUAUUUUAUUUUAAUGAUAAUGAAUAUAUGAUUAGUAAAAAUAAAAAUAAAAACAUAAAUAAAUAUGAACAAACUAAUAAUAUAAAAGAAACACAAAAAGAAGGUGAAGAAGAAGAAGAUGAUGAUGAAGAUACUAUAGCUAUGAAAAAGAAUAUUGAUGAUUAUAUUGAAAGAUAUAAAAGAGAUAACAAUUCGAGUGUUGAAAAUCUUAAAAAUGAAUUUAUCGAACAAGCAGAUAUUAAUUUUAAAAAUUUUCUCGAAACAACAAACCUUGAUAAUAGCGGUCAAGAUGAAAAUGAAAUAAACUUGAAAACCUUGAGCAAAUCAAAUAAACAUAUGAUUGAAGACUUUGAUGGAGAUUUAUAUGAAAAUAUCCAAAAUAAAUCUCGAGAAGAAGUAACAAAUUUUCGAUUAAAACAACUAAAUCAAAGUGAUGAAGCUUUAAAUAUAACUAAUGAUAUUUUUUAUGAACGAAUGAGAGUUAAAUUAUUACAUUAUAUACAAAAAAUAGAAUACAUGAAAUACAAACAUCAAUAUGAAAUUCUUAAUGAAAGUUAUCCAAUAAAUAAAAAUGAAGUAACAAUUUUAGAUUUAUUAAAAUACGGAUACAAAAUUGAUGUAUCUCCAGAUGUAGAUAAUUCAAUGUUUAAAAAAAAUAUAGAUAUAGAAAAAGAUAGAAUGGUAGAUGAACAUCACCCCGCUAUUUCUUUUAAGCAAAAAAAAUAUUAUGAUUUUAAAUGUCCAGAUUGUGGGUACCACAUUUUUAAUACAAAUGAGGAGAUAGACUCUGGCCCCAUAGAAAACUGCCCUCAAUGUAGUAAACAUAUUUGA